AUGCCCUUGAGCAUAUUGCCGUCGGCUCCCGCCUCUCCUCCCACACCAGCGCCCUCACCUACACCUUAUCAGCGGGCUCCUAGUUGGACUUCUGCGGGCGAAAAUGAGGAUUCAUUUCUACGGGAUGCCAGGGGUCAUUUUUCCAACCUGAACGCUGCAGAACGAGAGAGAUACUUGGCCGAAUUACUCAACAUGUGUGACAGCCACUUGCUUUCCUUUGUUCACAAUUUUGUGUCGCCGAGACUGAAGAAAGAUCCUUUUGAACACCUCCCAGAUGAGCUCUGCUUAAGGGUACUGUCUUACAUCGAUGAUCCGCUUAGCCUGGCGCGAGCCUCUCAAGUCUCACAUCGGUGGCACAAACUCUUGAACGAUGAUAUGCUUUGGAAGAUCAUGUGCGACAAGCAUGCCUGGCGAAGAACGUCCUCCUCAGGCCCAAGCGACGACCUCGAUUCACCAUCGCCCUCUCAAGCGAGCCAAGGCCCCUACACAUUCAAUAGUCGCUCUCCCAAACGAAGCGUCGAUGGGUCCAUGGUCGGCCCCUCAAGCAGCGCACCCAACCUGACGUUACCUAAACAUGAUGCUCUGUCAACCAGCCCUCGUGCUAGGAAGCGAGUGUCACAAUCUCAUUAUUCUCAUUUCCGUCACAAAUACAUGAUUGAAGCGGCUUGGAGGAAAGGCGGUGAACCCAUUAUCAAGCACAUCACCCCGGAUCAAGGUGUGGUCACCAGCCUGCAUCUGACGGACAAGUAUAUUGUGGUGGCAAUGGAUAAUGCCAAAAUUCAUGUCUUCAAUACAGUGGGUGAACAUCAAAAAACACUAAAAGGCCAUGUCAUGGGUGUGUGGGCGAUGGUCCCCUGGGACGAUAUUCUAGUAUCUGGAGGCUGCGACCGUGACGUGAGGGUAUGGGACAUGAAGACCGGCAGGAGCAUUCACGUCUUAAGGGGCCACACUUCGACAGUGAGGUGUUUAAAAAUGUCUGAUGCCAACACAGCCAUUUCCGGCUCGCGAGACACAACGCUGCGGGUCUGGGAUUUGCAGUCUGGCGUCUGCAAGAAUGUGCUGGUUGGGCACCAAGCCAGUGUUCGGUGCUUGGCCAUCCAUGGCGAUCUCGUGAUUUCCGGGUCCUACGAUACCACAGCCCGAGUCUGGAGCAUAUCGGAAGGCCGCUGUCUUCGGACGCUCACUGGACAUUUCAGCCAAAUUUACGCCAUUGCUUUUGACGGCAACCGCUGUGCCACUGGCUCGCUGGAUACCAGCGUCAGAAUAUGGGAUCCAAAGACCGGAAUGUGCACAGCCAUUUUGCAGGGCCACACAUCCCUAGUUGGACAACUGCAGCUUCGUGGCGACACUCUAGUUACAGGUGGCUCCGACGGUUCCGUUCGCGUAUGGUCGUUAAAGACCAACUCGCCUAUUCAUCGUCUUGCUGCACAUGAUAAUAGUGUUACGAGUUUGCAGUUUGACGACAACCGGAUUUUGAGCGGUGGUAGCGACGGGCGCGUAAAAGUCUGGAGCGUUGAGACUGGUCAACUUGUCCGUGAGCUCAGUCAACCUGCCGAGGCUGUGUGGAGAGUGGCUUUUGAGGAGGAAAAGGCCGUCAUCAUGGCGAGCCGGUCGAACCGAACUGUCAUGGAGGUAUGGUCCUUUUCGCCACCAGACGACCUCUUGGAUCGAAGGUCGGAGAGUCCUCUGAGCAUGCCCGAACACGCACCGUUGGUAGAUGAGGGAGAAGAAUCAAGUCGAUUCCACAAGGAGAUCGGUGACGGCGAUGCGACCAUGAGCGACAUAUAG